GAUUACUUGUGUGUCCUUAUUUAUUUGUCAUUUCAUUUCGCAUGAAAUCCGUGCAUAUUGUUCACAAUUUUAUUGUUUUUGUCCUCGUGGUGUCAAUUUGAUGCAUUAAUCGUGCCUAAUUUAACUUUUAAUAAAAUUAGCACAACAUUUUAAUGUAAAAAUAAGCAAUACGCUUAUUGUCUAUUUUGCUUCCCGUCGCGUAUCACGCAUCGCUCACCACAAUGGAAAACCUUGAUCGUAGUAAUAAUAAAAACGUGUCGCUAAGUUUAAUUGCUGGCUACGGUGAAUCGGAUUCAGAUUCAGAUUAUACGGAGACCCGGUCUAAUACCGGCAAUGAAGAUUCUGACACGGCGGAACUCAGUGAAAUGGUGUUGAAAAAUAAUAUCAUAAACGCAUGUGCUCACGGUCCUCUGUCAAGAACUAUCUUGCGAGAUGACGAGGAGACCACUAGGCACAUGAUUAUAGACAGUUCGGAGAGUGGAGUGGUGGAAUACGAAGUAACAGAGUACAGAGACUCAAGUGAUUCAGACUCUAGUGAUUCCAGCAAUAGUGAUGUAGAAUCUGUUAAAGAUAUAGAAGAAAUUUCCAGUGGAGAUGAGGAUCCAGUCAAUCGUAGUGGAAAGUUGGAACCGCCGCGAGUUCUAGGCGAACUCGAGCUGGAUGACCUUCCGCCGAUCGAAGAUCUUGCCAUCAGCUUGCCAGAACAGGAAACCACCAAGAUCGGCACAAUCGCUAGCAUCGUUGAUCGAUUAGUAAUUGUCCGUUCCUUUCCUGAUACACCUGCAGUGGAUCUGGACAGCAUUCUCUUCUUGGAUAACGGGGCGAAAACGCUAGGAAAAGUGUUCGACGUAUUUGGUCCUGUAACCGAGCCCCACUACUGCGUACGGUUCAAUUCCCAGGAGCAUGUGAAGGAGCGCGGCAUACAAACCGGCCUCGAUGUGUACAUAGCGCCGCGCUCCCAACACACCAGCUACGUAUUCCUCAGCGAGCUCAUGAAAUUAAAAGGCUCCGACGCAUCAUGGCGGAAUGAUAUAGAACCUCCGCCGAAUCAGAUCGACUACUCCGACGACGAAGAAGAGAGGAAGGCAAACAGAGCGAGAAAAGAACAAAACAAAUUGAACAAAGAGAGAGGAGAAGAAAAUUCCGAGAAUGGAGAACCCUCGAAGAAUCGGAAGCCUCCCGAGACGAGGCGAAAUCAACGACCGUCAGAAUCGAGCAGCAGAUUCGGUAGCGGACCUAGUAGAGGCCGAAACCCAUUCGCUGCUGGUUCCAGGAGAAAUAAUCCCAACUCUUUCCCGAGAUUUGCUCGGCCGUGGCUCGCCAACAUGGAUAUGAGAACGCCCCCACAUCCCAAUGAUCCCGGCGGUCACCCUCCAUUCAGCGCGCCACCAUUUUCACCCAAUAUUCCACCAAUGUUCCCACCUUUCAACCCAGGUACUCCUCCCCCUCUUAUGGGCAACGCAUUUCAGUUUGGCGGGAACCCUCGGAUGCAUGGCCCAAUUCCUCCCAUGGGAAUAUCUCCAUUCAGGCAUGGGGUGCCUGUGUUUGGUGCUAACUUUUGCAACGUCGCCGGUCCACAACCCCAAUGGGUGAAUAACGGUCUCCCGCCUCCACCAGGGACCUAAUUACACGCACAUAGUUUAAAUUCGUUUUAAGGUUUAUCUCCUAAUAAUAGUCUGUAGAAUCGUUUAACUAUGCUAAAGUGUGGCCACCCAAAAAUAUAUUUAUAUUUAUAUGGAUAAAUAAAAACUAUAGCAGUA